CAAAACAAAUGACCAAUGUGUACAGACGUCUGUGCGCGCUCCGCAGCUAUAAAUAUGUUUUUUCGACUAAUAUUGUUCGAAUUCUGCAAAGUGAAGAGAUGAAUAAGUUCACACUCUUUCUCGUGUUCCUUUGUGGAGCAAUUUUCGCCGGUUUGGUGUCUCUAAUGCACAGUUCAUGGCGGUUUUACGCUUCUUCCGAGGUGGCCAUAACGUCCUCCCUCGGGGCCAUUCCAGCUGGCUCGGAUUUGGAACUGAUGGACGACGGGUACGUGGCCAUGGCCCUUCUCGGGGCUCACGACGAGGACCAGGCUGUGUCCAAGAAACAGACGACAGAGCUGGAAGACAGGCAUGCUGAGAUAGAGGCAUUAAAUACGGUAAAAGCAGCAGAAGAUUUAGUACACUCAGGAAAGAGUGUUAGAGCUGGUAGGCUGUUGGAGCAUGCCAUUUCAUUGGCACCAAGGCACCCAGAUGUUCUCAUACAUUAUGGAGAAUAUUUGGAGCAUCACCGCAAUGACAUUGUGCAAGCAGACAAGCUGUACUUAAGAGCCUUGGCUGUUUCUCCUGCUAAUUCAAGGGCAUUAAGAAAUCGACGUAGAACUAGACCAAUCGUUGACGAAAUGGAUGCAGGGCUCUUUAGUCGUAUUGAGGGCAAAAGAGAUGAUCUAGCGCUAAUCCCAAGUUCGUCAGCUUCCCUGAGACGCAUUAAAAAGGAAGCCUACUUCCAGUACAUUUAUCACACAGCAGGCAUUGAGGGAAACACCAUGACCCUGGCGCAGACUCGGAUGAUUUUGGAGACCAGGCUCAGUGUUGGAGGGAAGAGUGUCAUGGAACAUAAUGAAAUCUUGGGCCUGGACCUUGCCCUCAAGUAUAUCAACAUGACCCUGGUGCACAGAGUGGGCCGCAUCACUCUGCACGACAUUCUGGAAAUUCACCGAAGGGUUUUAGGCCAUGUUGAUCCAAUUCAAGCUGGCCAGUUAAGAACAACUCAGGUUUAUGUAAGUGAUCAUGUUCCACCUCCACCAACACACUUGCAAGUUCUUAUGGAAGACUUUGUGCAGUGGCUGAACUCGCCAGAAGCCCAAAGACUCCAUCCAAUCAAAUAUGCAGCUCUUGCCCACUACAAGCUGGUGUUUAUACACCCGUUUGCUGAUGGGAAUGGAAGAACAGCAAGAUUGUUAAUGAAUUUUUUGUUAAUGCAGGAACAGGUGCAGGUACACUGUCAGGUUCGUUUUGAGGGGAUCAGCUCGGCCAGGUCAACAGACAAACACCAGAGGAAAGAUACGGCUGGUUACCCACCUGUAAUAAUCCGUAAGCAAGACAGGCUUAUGUAUUAUGACUGCCUACAAACAGCUAAUGAAGGUGACACUCGCCCAUUUAUCAGAUUCAUUGCUCACUGCACUGAGAAGACAUUAGAUGUGUAUUUGUGGGCCACAAAGGAAGCCUUACCCAAAAUAGGCCAGGAAAAUGAAAGCAAAGGUGAAGUGAAUAAGUUGAAAAAAGAACACCAGGAAAAAGAUUAUUUAAUGGCUGAUAAAAAGUCUAAUGAUGAUGCAGAGGAAGUCAAAAAGUUUUCCUUUGAAUCAGUUGAUGAUAUUCCGCCAUGGCAAGCGGAAGAAGAGCACUAUAAAGAGAAAGAACCGUUCAGUGGAGGUUAUAUACCCUCAAAUGUUGAAGAUGAUAUACUUAAGGAAGACUCUAGUCAUAGGUCAGAAAAUAGUGUCGAUCAUGAACAUGGUUAUAAGCUAUGGUUCGCUAGUGAUGAAGAUCAUGGAACAGUAAGUGGAACAAAGAGAUACGGGAGAGUGCUAGACGAGCAAGCUUUGUUUGAAGAAAUUACAAUAGAAGAUAAACCAAAAGACAAAACCGAGUACUUUGAAGAUGACGAGAACACUAUAUCACGUGGUCUUUAGUAAAAAUAUAUUUUAAUUUUUCUAAGUAUAUAUUGAACUAUUAAUAUUUUAGACGUGCUUGAAAUUGUACAACCAUAAUUGCAUGAUGUACAUGUAUAAAGUGACAAUAAUAUAUAUAUUUAUUUAUUUUAGAGAAAUCUUCCCAAUAUUGUUGAUAGUACUAGACCCUAACACAUAAACUAUAGUAUGUUUGAGUGCACAAGUUAGAAUAAGCGUCAUAUUUGUUGAAGUAUUAAUGUUUUUAUGUUAAGGUUGUAUAUAUUAUACAACAGUAUUUAUAUUUUUGAGCAUUCAUAAGGGAACUAUUUAUUAAAAUGGGGUCUUGUAAACUCCCUGUUAGGAAGAAAAAUAAUUUUGAUAUUUGUAUAAUAAGGAUUUUUUGUAUAAUAUAUAUCAUACUAGUGCUCAAGAAUCAUGUUGAAAUAAUGAACGAAAUGUUCAUGCAGUAUAUUACUGUAAUUCCCUUUCAAGAUUUGUGUAGUUUUAUUUUGUUUAUAUUUUCCUUUUUUUGCAUAGUAAUAUAUUUUUCAAAAGAUUAUAUAUAUUUUGAAGUGUGAGCCAUGCCUGAAAUUUGAAUCUACUUUUUUCUAAUACAUUAAUAUAUAUAUUUAUUUUAGAUUAUAUCCAUUGCCUACUAUGUAGAUAAAUUUAGCAGGUCUCCAUGGUUAAAUGUUAUUCACUAGAUACCGGUACAUGUUUUUUGCUUUAGCAGGGCAUUCCUUGUUAUUUUCGGUGAUACUAAUCAGCAUUUAUCAUGGCUGAUUACAUAAGGCUACAGGAAAUAGUCAUCUGUUUGAUUUUUCUGUUCUACAUAAGUUAAAAAAAUAAGAAAUAAAUAGACAGAAAAAAAAAAAGACUGUCAUGCCAGAUUUGUUAUUCCACCUCAAACUCUCAUUUGGCUUAGAUAUUAUUAGAUCUUUUGCAAUUUGAGCAAAGCCUUAUGAACCCUUUCUUUUAUUUUAAAUUUGAUUCUUUUCCUGCAAAUGUUUGCACUGCACAUCAAGACCAACAUUUUAGCCCUAAUUUAAUAUUGCAUUGCUUGAAAUUUGCCUUCAAAUCAGUUCUUGAUGAAGAAAAUGGAUUUCUUAACCUGAAGAAAGAUUUGAUGCUAAUACUUCUAGUUAAACUUCGCAAGGCAUAAUGACACUCUUCUGGUUUGUUCUUGUUUGUAUUGGACAACAUUACUAUUUUUUCAUGUCUAAUGCAAUUAAUGUCUAUUGCAAGAAAAUGGAAGUAUACCAAGAUUUAAUACAUGACCUUAUAUUUUGUAGGUCUGCAGACCAUCUAAGAAUACCAGAAGUUAAGGGUUACUUCUGUAAGAGUAACAAAUGAGGCUUGCUGUUUUGAUGAUAUGACAAUAAAUACUAUAGUGUAUUUGCCUACAGAUAUUUAUCCUGUCGUCUUGUAUUUGUAUAAAAAUGUAGAAAAACUGUAAAGUGAUAAAGGCACUUCUAUCUUAAAUAAAAGGAUAUAGUCUGCACUUUCACUUUAUACAAGUGACUUACACAAUCAGACCUCAUUUUUAGUUGAUUUUAAGAUGUAUAAAAUGGAUUAUGUAAGGAGAAUGCAAGUAAUGGUGAAGGUAUUUAACUUCUGGCCUGAUCUGUUCUUAGAUUUUUAAAUUAAGUUGGUGCUAAUGAUAAAGUUUAGCAUUCAGUUUAACAUUUCAAUGUAAGUAUGAGUUUCUGCCAGAUGUAUGAUCAGUGUGGAAGUUUUCUAAAUUCUUGGGACCUGUCCACACAACAGGCAUUGUCUACAUGGGCAGAUCUAUUGCCAGAUCCUGAUGGGGACAGGAAGGAGCACUGAUGAGGUUACAUUUGUUACUAGACUUGGAUCUGGUAACAAACAGUACUACCAGAUCUUGCAGUAAAUCUUGGGCACCUAAAUGUGCUUACUAGAGGGCACCGUCUUUUUAUGUGUGUAUAGAAAAGACAGGGCUCGGUUUGUGGCAUUUUACAACAGCAAGCAUGGUUAUUUUGAUUGUUUGCCUGCAGUUUCACUUCCAUAUGAUAUCAUUGCAACCUUUAUCUAAGAUUGUGAUUUAGCAUCUUUGUCACUGUGGGCUCUGCCAUUUAUGUGCAUGGGGCCUUAGAUAGAAUCAACUUGCUAUUACUUAUAUAGUGUAAUUUCUAAACAAAAUUCAAAGAACUUUUAUACUAGUAGGUACUCAAAUAGUUUAUUUUGUUAUAUAUAAUGACUCAAAUAUGCAUUCAAGUUUCAUCAUGUAAAGGAGAUUCUUCCAUAUUUAUUAAAACCAAAGACUAGGUAGGAGUUUCACUGUAAUAUUAUUUUAUGGUUAUUAUAAUACACAUGCAUAUGUAUUGAAAA